AUGCUUGGUGGCUUGUAUCGCUGGACAAUCUGGGUGAUUUUGCUGGCGAGCAGUGCCGAGAUCUUUUACCACGGAGACAGCACAGCAUCGACGUUACAGCACGCGUGCACUGUGCUGGAGUCACAUCACAGCAAAAGCGUGCUACCAGAACAAGUUCGUCGACGACUGACUGCAAGGACGGUCAAGAAGGAUGCCAACUUCUGCCCAGGGUGUGGGCAGAGCUGGCAGAAAGCAGCCAACACGGCCCGAGAGCCCUACACGGCCGCAGUGGUGGGACCACCGUGGCGCGAUACAUGGGACAACUGGGAUGCCACGCAAAGGUCGCCCAGGAGAAAGCCUUCAGCCUCACCUCGGCGAAAGGGUCGGGGCAAGGGCAAGGACAACGGAAAGACCAAAGGGGCCGGCAAGCAGCAGACGAAGACCAAAGAGGAGCAGACUUGGGUCGCACCCACAGUGGACGACCUACCUGCCCCACCGGCGCCUCCCACUAUCGCAGGGCCCAAGAGGCCUUCGGCGGAUGCUGGAGCGCAGCCCGAGAAAAGCCAGCUCGAUACAUUGGUGCGGUUGUUGGCUGGCUCCUCAGCUGCCCUCCCCGAGGCAGCCCAGCAGAUCCUAGCGGAGGUGCAGCAGAACAGCGCACAGGCGGCCACUCGUGGACUACACCGGGCGGUCGCAGAUCAAGCCAAGGCUCGAGCAGCCCUGGCGAAGGUGCAGAACAGCCGCGCCAGCUACCUUCAGGCGUGGUCCGAGUAUAUGUCGCGCCUCACUGGACUUGUCGAAAAGCAGGUCCAGGAACAAGGACGCAUCAUGGAGGAGCUGGACGCGGCGGAAAUACAGUGGACCGGAGCGGAGAGGCAUGCCACACAGCAGCUUGCCAAGCUCGCGGCCACCGGAGAGAAGGAAGCAGAAGAGGAGGACAACAACUCCGAGGAGAUGGUGGACAGUGCCAUCGAGCAGGAGGCAAAGCUGAAGGCAGCCUCUUCAGAACGACAAGCGGCAACCACCAAGGUCCUGAGUGUCUUGACCACCCUCAGCCAGACAGCGGCAGAGCAGGCGCAGGAGCAUGCCCGCGAAGGCUCGAGGACACCACGGAGGGUACCUCACUUCGACCUCACCAAGGAGGAGCUCCCAGACGAGGCACCGCAAGAGGAUGGGGUUGGCAACAAGCCCAGAGGCUCGUUCAUAAGCCGACAGGUUAUGUGCGAGCCGAACAGCGAGCUGUGUGAUGGAAAGCACAGCAUCCAAUCUGACUGGAGUUAUGUGGGACCAUAUGCCAGUCAGUUCUUGGGUAUGAUGGACCGACUUCAGGUCCAGAUGACGGACAUUGGGCUUCCUGGUCACACAGUGUGGGAUGACCCGAGGAUCCAAGGCCAUGCCUUUCCGGUUUCAUCGGCAUAUGACAGAGCCGUUCAGCAGGUCCGAGCAGACCUGCGUGCAGAGCAUCCUCCUCUGGCUUCCGUGAAUGAGGGCUUUUCACGUAAGCGACAGGUCGGUUUUCUUGGCACCUUGGAUGUGGGCAGUUUCAGGGGAUACGGCCCAGUAGGUGCCAUCAGGUGGCGCAACCACCUUACGAGGCAGCUCCUUGCACAGGUCUACCUUCCAGUGCAGGCCACCUUGCAUCUGUUGUCCUCGCCCUGUGCUGACGGCACCUGCCGCUCACAGGCCUCGCCACAACUGCCUUGCACUCAGGCCCCCACUCCAGGGCCGCUCAGCUCCUUAGCCACCAGUGAGCGGGAGGUUGCAACCCAAGGUGUCGCACCGGUGCUGGUGCCGGACAUACCGCCAGGCCUGCUGGGGAAACUUAGGCCUGAAGGUAUUGCACUGGGCCGCACUGCACCUCCCUUUCGUGAUGCCCAGGUGUCCCAUGGCAGUCCUCCGCUGCCCAAGGUGAAAGGCCCUCAGGUCAAGUUCGCAUCUGAUAUGGCAAAGCUUCAGAUACCGGGAGUUCUCAACAUGACGUUGCCCUCGCGAUUUGUCGGGGCCGGACCUCUUAGUGAAUGGGGCCCGAAGCUGGCUACGCGGCAUGCGGCUGGAACCAUGCCUAGUGAAAUCUCAUACAUGAGAGCUACCCACGUCCGUGUUCUCCCCUCCGACCUAGAUGGGCCUGCCCUCUACCUGCCUAUGGCUAGAAUGGUGGCUACCUUAAGGCCAGAAGUUGAUGACUCAGGCAGGGGGCGGUACACUGUUUUUGAGCCAGGGCAGCGGCCAAGGGUGCGCACAUGCGGUGAUGAUUGGCGCCUCAGCGACUUUGCGGCGGAUGCUGCAGGAUCAUCCACACAAACCGUGCGCACGCUCCAAUUUGUGACAAAUCCCAUAGGCGGCUUACCGCGCCCGCAAGUGACGCUGACGCCGGUCAGUGCUCCUCUACAGGCUCUCGCGGUGCCCUUUGAUCUUCGGGACUUGGCCCUUAAUGUGGUGACUGCGGUUAUCACAAACCAAGCGCUCAUGGAUGAUCUGCCUGGCCUCUUGGCGGCUGGAGCGCCCAUUCCGCGGCUUGUCACCUUUCCACAGGGCCCGCCACGUGCCAUCCGCGACUCUGCAGGGCGUCGACAUGCGCACUUCAGGGUGCCUCUUGUAGAUUUGGAGUGGGCUGUGGUGCUUUUUGAUGAACCUGAUGCCGACCCAGCAGUGCGACCCGAGCAGCAUUUCGAUGCAUUGUGUGCCCUGAGGGAGGAUGCUCCCUCGUUGCUUGGACGGGCCCGACACCUGCAGCCCACUUUCCACCCUCCCGCUUUCGAGUGUCGGCCCACUUACAUCUUCGAGGACGGCUGUGCCAUUCGUGACUCCCUCCAGUUCUCGCUUGUGCGAGGGAACGGUCCGUAUGGACAACAGCGUUUUCAGUACACCCUGUUUGCAUGGCACAGCAGGCCCAAAAAGCUGUUGGCGGACCCGGAAUGGACGCUUACUGAUUUGGCAGUUUUUGCUGAAGCAUCGCAUGAUGAAUCGUUGCGUGUCAUGCACGCCCUCCAAUGCCCCAUGCCUGGUAUAGCCACCCCACAGCUGGUUGCGACUUCUCUGGACGUUGUUGAUCCGUGGAGGAUCAUUCCGGUGGACCUGAGGCCCAUUGGAGGUGAUAUCUUCUGUCCGCCCGUCGGGCCCGACAUGCCGGUUGAUGAAGUCUUUGCGCGCAUUCGGCCUUUCGUCACCACCAAUGUCGCAGUACAGCUGAGGGUAGAGGGUCAGGGUACAGUCUACCUGCAAGACCAGGCCGGCUUAGUCUAUGAUGUUCUUCCGGACACACUCGAAACCAUCGAGUGGCUGGCUGUUCGUCCAUUCCUGCGGGACGAUGCUGCUACUGCCACUACGGGGACGACAGCUACUACAACUGGGGUUGCUACGAGCACAACUAGGGUGUUAUUAGCUCUGGUGGCGGGCACCCAGACGCUCCGCACUCUCCCUGUUGAAAUUGAUGCCCUGGAUUCUACUGUUGCCCUUACCAGGCUCAUCAGUGCCGUGGCCCGUAGUCGAGCUCUCCCUAAUUUGGGUUUUGUGCAACAACUUGCCGCCUAUCCUGCACAGGGCCCUGAUGGAGUGCUCUCAGUCCCCUUCGUCCUUGCUUCCGGGCGGCCUGGGUUCGUUGCCAUCGUGAUUGAUAUCACCACUCAGGGCCAGGGCCUGUAUUCGGUUGAAGUACCUGACAGCACCUGGGCUGAGGAGCUUCUCAAGCCCAACCAAGUGGCACGAGGCCUGACUUACUUGGUUAACGGGGUUCCCAUGCAAGGACUUCGACGAGCACUCCGGCCUGGAGACUAUCUUCAGUUGGUCCCCAAUACGUGCCGAGGUUCCUUGACCAUUUCACCGGCGACCGUCUGGAUGCGGCGGAUCAGACAGUUGCGUUUAUGGGCUCUGCCUCUGGCCUUUCCGCCUCUUACGCACGGUCAUGGUGGUAUGGCGGCUGAUCUGGCUGAGCAUGCGGCACGAGCCUUUUUGCGAUACUACAAGGAGGUAGAGGCAGGGCGGCUUCUUACCUUCGGCACUUUCGGCCCUGGCAAAGUUGCCAUCUGGGUCCUAUGUGCCUGGAAUCCUCCGUUGCUCUUUGCAGUUUCUUGCCCAGUGUCGCCUACUCUCCAGGAGUCUGAGCCAGCUUUGCGCUCCUCGGGGGCCAUAGCGGAAGGGGCUAUUCUAGUAGCCGGUGAACGCCCCAUAAGCCUUGUCGACUCCGUUGUGGUCCAGGUUGAUGCCGCAGAUUCAUACCGCACUCUGCUGCUUCCUGUCCCUGGUGACCCUGAAUUCUUUAUUCCUACGGCAAUCAAUCCGAGUGUCCCCAUCGAGCCUGCACUUCAUAUCCUCCCGCGCCUACCCUACACAGCCGUGUAUCCGCCUAUGGAGGUGAAGGAUGGUGCUGUUUUUCGCGUGAGGGUUCCGGCCGGUGCUGUCUCGGACCGGGCAAGA